UCCAUUUCUUGUUUUCUUGAUUUUUUUUUUCACACUCGUUUGUGUAAUAUAUACAGAUCUGCUUCUAAUAAUAGAUUUUUGAUGUAUCAUGUCAUCUGAUUUGGAAUUUAUGUUGGAUGUGUUGGAUCUAUGGAUUCAUGUAUUUUUUCUGGUUAAUUCUCUAGAUCUAGUCAUUUGGAAAUUUGGAAUCAUGAUUUUUUCAUUUUCUCAAGAAAAGGACUGUUUGAACUUUAAGUAGUGUGCGGGAUGAUAUCUUUGAGCACUUAUUGCUCAAUUGCUGCAAAGAGAUACUCCACGGCCUCUUGAAACUCCAACACCGGAGUAAAGUGUUUUAGGUGUCUCAUUGUAGUUCCUGUGGCGAUAAUAGUGAGAGUGUUGAUAGAUUGCAAAUUAAAUUUAAUUAGAUUCGUAGAAUGUGAAGUUCUUUUGCAGUUUCACUAAUGAGUUGAUAAAUUCCCUUCGUUGCGGUCUUGUAUGUUUUCUUAAUUGCGAAAUCCCGUCUGUAGUUUGAGUUUCGUGUACUGACAUUGUUCUAGGAAAGCUUCAUCCCCACCAAAAAAAUAAAAAACCCGUGUACCGUCAAGCUUGGGGUCUCCUUGUCUUUCAGCUUUCUUACCGGACGGGCAUAUGGCACGAGCUGAGUCAAGUUUAAGCUUGGGUUCCUCAGAUGCAGAACCCCAAGCAUGAACCAACCUGAGCUUGACAAGUGAUAUAAUGUGGCGGGCUGGCGGCUCUGCACUAUUUCUUUUGGCAGCAUGUAGAGUUGGCUCACUAAUGUUUUUGUGGCUUGCCAACAGAUGAACACACGCAUUAUACAAGAGAUAUAAUAUAAUGGAGAUUGAUUUGACACCCAAAUCUUCAAAGUCUGUAUACCGAAGCGAUGGUGGAUCAUACUUCUCAUGGUCCCCUUCUGAUCUCCCUAUGCUCAAAGAAGGUAACAUUGGAGCAUCAAAGAUUGCUCUGCAGAAGAAUGGUUUAGCUAUGCCAAGCUAUUCUGAUUCCGCCAAGGUUGCUUAUGUUCUUCAAGGAAGCGGUACUGCUGGUAUCAUCCUUUACGAAGCUGAGAAGGAGAAGGUGAUUGCAGUCAAAGAGGGUGAUGCUAUUGCGUUGCCUUUUGGCGUUGUUACUUGGUGGUUCAAUAAAGAGGAUACCGAACUUGUUAUUCUGUUCAUGGGUGAUACUACAAAAGGUCACAAAGCUGGUGAGUUCACCGAAUUCGCUCUUACUGGUGCUAAUGGUAUCUUCACUGGAUUUACAUCUGAGUUUGUCAGCCGAGCUUGGGAUUUGGAAGAAGACAAGGUUAAGGAGCUUGUUGGAAGCCAAAAGAGCACUGGAAUUAUCAAGGUGCAAGAUGGUUUUCAGAUGCCAGAGCCUAGUGAGGAAGACAGAAAAGGGAUGGCUUUGAACUGCUUAGAAGCACCUCUUGAUGUCGAUAUCAAGAAUGGCGGGCGUGUUGUUGUUCUGAACACCAAGAACUUGCCAUUGGUUGAACAGGUUGGACUUGGAGCUGAUCUUGUCAGGAUCGAUGCAGGAUCAAUGUGCUCUCCUGGAUUCUCCUGCGAUUCAGCCUACCAGGUUACUUACAUUGUCCGCGGUAGUGGCCGUGCACAGAUUGUUGGUGUUGAUGGCAAGCGCAAGAUGGAAAUAAGAGUCGAAGCUGGUAACUUGUUCAUUGUCCCAAGGUUUUUCGUGGUUUCGAAGAUUGCUGAUGAAGAAGGUAUGGAUUGGUUUUCCAUCAUCAGUACCCCAAACCCAAUUUUCUGUCACUUGGCAGGAAGGACAUCAGUCUGGAAGGCAUUGAAUCCCCAAGUUCUGGAGGCUUCUUUUAAUGUUGCAUCUGAAACAGAGAAGCAUUUCCGUUCCAAGAGGACUAAUGCUGAAAUCUUCUUCCCAGCACCAACAAACUAAGAAGACUCUGGGAUUUCCUGUUGAUAAUUUGGUCUUGCAGACGCUUUGAAGUUUUAGAUUUUGUAUUUUAUUGGUUUCAAUAUUAAUGAAUUUUAGUUUAUUUUGGUAA